CUCUUCCUUCUCGUUUGUUCCAAUUCUAUUUUUUCUUCUUCUUACUCUCUUUCUCUCUCUCUCCAUAGUCCUAUUGUCUUUCUUCUCUAUUCUUUGAAUCUGCGAGCGACCAAAACCCUAGAUCUCUGUUCUGGACACGUCAAUCGCGAUAUCCGACACAAUCCUGUGCGGUCUCCAAAUCAUCGGGAGAGGUUUUGAGACCAUUUUGCUUCUGAAUUCGAAAUCUAGAGAGCAACGGGGGGCUAUUGCUUGGCAAGAAAUGGAUCCUGGUCGCUAUGCUCUGCAUCAAGGCUGGGAUAAUAACAGCGUAAUUGUGGUUUCCUCCUUAAAUAAUUCACCUAUAUAGGGAUGAUUAAUCAAAGAAACUAUUAGGGUUUCAAUGUGAUUUUUUACCUGGGGGAUUGUCAUCCCUUAGAGAAUUAUGAAAGAAAGCUAGCUGUGGGGGCAGUGAGGAUAUGGACUGGAUUUGCCUAACCUCGUCUCAUCAUUGAUUAUUUGUUGCUGACAUAGCUUAUUCUCUUGAAUCCACAGGCUCUGGAGGGUUAUGGUGCGGUCCAUGAGCCAAAUUUUCGGUGAGUGCAACUGCUUGUUGCUUAUCAUCAUCACUACGGGUUGGUGGUUCUUAUGAUGAAAGACGGUUUAUGGAUGAAAGGUAUCCAAGGGAUGCUGUAUACCAGAGAAACACUUUCCCCCGCGACAUUUUGGAUAGGGAGGCCUAUCUGCCACCAGGACCUGCUGUUGGCCAUUGGAGUCAAUCCAAGCGGAGAGGUUAUGAUGAAGAUUAUCCAAUUGAUCGGGAUUCUAGACGUUUUCAGAGGCCAUAUCACGAUUCAUAUAAUCAGAUUGAUCCUUUUGGGGAUCAUGAGAUUGACACAUACCCAGAAUAUGAUAAGUUUCGGGAUGGCUAUACCAGCAUUGAAAAUUAUGGUGAUCGAGGAUAUGAUAAACCUGCAAGGUUUGUAGGACAUGACCGUGAUGAUUAUGCAUAUGAUGAUUAUGUCUACAAGUCCCGUGUUUCUCAUCAUCGUAGGGAGGAUAGCCGUGAGAGAGAUUAUGAUCAUGGUCGGCAUAGUUAUGAUUCUGAUUAUGAAAGAGGUAGUAGAAGAGAUAGUAGUAGGAGGCGGCAUGAAUCACAUGAUCGGGAACGAGAUAAGAGAUGUCUUAGUCGGGAAGGAGAUCUAAGUCCACAUAGGAGGCAUGAGCGUUCCCGUUCUCGUUCCCGAUCCAGAUCCCGGUCCCAAUCCCGGUCCCAUUCUCGUUCCCGUUCCCAAUCUCAUGGAUAUGAUGAUCAUCCAAGGUCUGGGUCCCCUCGAGGUCGCAGUCAUGGUCGAAGCUAUCGAGAAGACAGCUAUCCUGACAGUCGAUAUGAUAGAAGUGAAAGACGCAGGGAACGUGAGGAUAAACGUCAGCGUGAGCAUUAUUCUGUGGCUCCAUCUGCUACUGUUGUUGUUAAAGGUCUUUCACAGAAGACAACUGAAGAAGAUCUAUAUCAAAUCCUUGCGGAAUGGGGGCCUCUUCGUCAUGUUCGCGUUAUAAAGGAGAGAAAUUCUGGCAUCUCUCGUGGAUUUGCAUUUAUUGAUUUUCCUUCCGUGGGAGCUGCACAAGGAAUGAUGGACAAGCUAGGAGAUGAUGGUCUUGUCGUGGAUGGCAGAAAGCUAUUCUUUGAAUAUAGUAGUAAGCCAACUGGAGGUCCAGGUCCAGAUGGUGCUAUGAAAUCAGGUCAUAAUCAUAAAAGCAUUACAGUACCAUCUGAUUGGAUAUGCACUGUAUGUGACUACAUCAAUUUUGCGCGCCGGACUUCCUGCUAUCAGUGUAAUGAGCCACGGACCGAUGAUGCUCCUGCGGCAGAUAUUUCAAUGUCAAAUUCAGCAGCCUUAGGAAAGAAAGGUUUGGAGGCAGGUCCAACUCAUGUUUUGGUUGUUCGUGGAUUGGAUGAAAAUGCUGAUGAAGAAAUGCUCCGCUAUGAGUUUUCCAAACAUGCUCCAAUUAAGGAUCUGCGUCUUGUGAGAGACAAGUUCACUCAUGUCUCAAGGGGAUUUGCAUUUGUACACUUUUAUUCGGUGGAGGAUGCUACCAAAGCUCUCGAGGCAACAAAUAGAACAACACUUGAGAAGAAUGGGCAGAUUCUAAGAGUAGCAUAUGCUAAAAGUAUUCUGGGCCCUGGAUCAGGAAUUUCCCAAUCAAGCAGUCUUGCAGCUGCUGCUAUUGAGGCUGCAGCUUUUUCUCAACAGUAUGAUUCUGUGGGAUGGACUCCAAAAGAAUACAAUCCAGAUGACAAACAAUCUAAAGGUUCAGAGCAAACUGGCACAGAAGCUGGUGCUCCACAAUCAGGCUUUGUUUGGGAUGAAGCCUCGGGUUAUUAUUAUGAUGCUGCUUCUGGGUUUUACUAUGAUGGGAAUACUGGUCUUUACUAUGAUGGUAAUAAUGGGAUUUGGUAUUCAUAUGACUACCAAACUCAGCAAUACAUUCCUUGCACUGAUCAAGAUCAGAAUAAAACAACUAAUAACCAGUCUGAACCAUCUAAGGCAUCUGAAGGUUCGAGCAUUAAAAAGGUGGUGAUUUCUGCACCAGCUAUUACUGUUGCAUCAGUUGAGAAGCCAGCUUCGUUGGCAGAUGCUGUCCAGGCUGCUGCAGCAGCUGCUUUGGCUGCAGAAAAGAAAGAAAAAGAAAAAUCAAAGGAGAUAAAACUUGCCUCUAAAAGCAGUAUUCUGGCAAACAAGAAAAAAAUGAACAAUGUGUUGACAAUGUGGAAGCAGAGGAGCCAUGAGGGGCAGGCUACUCGAGUGGCUCUUGAGGACAAUCAACAAUCUGUUUCUGCUGAUGAUAGGUCAUAUUCUUCUGGACAUUCUGUAAAGAACAAGUUAAAAAAUGAGACUACAGUAAGGGAAACUAAUGCAUCUAAUCUGGGAACUCACACAACGCUUGCCCAGUCUACUGCUAUUGAUUCUCUGUCACAGCCACGUCCUGUUAGUAAUAGCCUUGGAGGCACUGUGAUGGGGGUUAUAAGGGGCUCAGGAAGAGGGAUUGUUAAAUCCGAUACUUCAUAUUCAGGUUCUACAGCUGCUGCAUCAUCUUCAGCAAAUGUUGAUAUGCAGAUGAUUGCUACUCCCUUUAGAACAGAUGUCUCUGCCCUGAGUUCAUAUACACCGUCUGUGGCUGUUGGAAGUGGCAGAAGACGGUUUUCAGAAAUGCCUCAUUCUGCUUCAACUCACAAGGAACAACCUCAAACAACCUACAGGGAUCGUGCGGCUGAGAGGAGAAGUUUGUAUGGCUCAUCAUCUUCAGUUGGGAAUGAUUUGGCUGACCUUGAAAUUGGGGAUUCAAAUCGAGAUUUUGCGUCAAGGAAGGGUGAUCCAAUGCCUUUUCCUCCUGGGGUUGGUGGAGGACGCAUGGUUGGAGAUGUCAAUCUUGAUACUUUUGAGGUGAUUGCGGCAGACAAAGCAAUUGAUGAAAACAAUGUUGGUAAUCGGAUGCUUCGCAACAUGGGAUGGCAGGAAGGCUUGGGACUAGGAAAGGAUGGAAGCGGAAUGAUAGAGCCUGUCCAGGCGCAAGCCAUGGAAAAUAGAGCAGGACUUGGGAGUCAGCAGAAGAAGUUGGACCCUAGCCUCGAGGUGCAGGCAGGGGAUAGUUACAAAAUGCUUAUUCAUAAAAAAGCACUUGCCAGGUUUCGGGAAAUGUCAGAGAGUUAAGGUUUGAGCCCAGAAUAUAGGAUUUAGCUUUGAGAAUAUAUUAUUUAGGUGUCUUCUGAAAUAUUCCUACCGUAAAAACUAGCUUGAAAUUUAGUCAAUAUGUCAAUUUCUGCUUAAAUGAACACUGAAGAGUGUAUUGUAAUGGCCAUUCAAUUUAUGUUUUGCCUUGAUGGGUCGAGUAUAA